GUAAAAACUUGAAUGUGGUGCAUCGAAAAACGUAAACACGCAUUUUUCUGGUGAAGAACUAAAUAUUUUCCUGCGAUAGAUUUUGUGAAAUUGUGCAAAAAUGGCAAAUGCCACUCCUCGUGUGCCGAUAUCCCAGCUCCUGACCAACAAAUCCGGGGAUGAGGAGCCUAAGAAGAAAUCCCGCGAAGACUGGCGAAAGGCCAAAGAACUCGAGGAGGCCCGAAAGGCAGGAACAGCACCAGCUGCUGUGGACGAGGAGGGCAAGGACAUCAAUCCUCACAUCCCACAGUAUAUCUCCACAGCUCCAUGGUACUACGGAUCAGCUGGUCCCACGCUCAGGCAUCAGCGUCCGCAGGAAGAGAAGAAGACACAGUACUCCUCAAUCGAUGAAUGGUACAAGAAGGGAGUGGACACCAGCAAAGUCAUCACCAAGUACCGGAAGGGAGCGUGUGAGAACUGUGGAGCGUUGACGCAUAAGAAGAAGGAUUGCAUGGAGCGUCCGAGGAAGGUGGGAGCGAAGUUCAGUGGAGCCAAAAUAGCCCAUGAUGAAUUCAUUCAGCCGAAUAUUGUCAGUGACUACGAUGGGAAGAGAGACAGGUGGAGUGGAUAUGAUCCUGCGCAGCACAGGGAGAUUGUGGAGGAGUACCAGAAGGUGGAGGAAGCGAAGAGAGCCCUGAAGGCUGCUAAACUCAAGGACAAUCCCGAUGCUGAGCUGUCGGCUGAUGAGGAGGAUGAGGACAAGUAUGUGGAUGAAGUGGACAUGCCGGGAACCAAAGUGGACUCGAAGCAACGGAUUACGGUCAGGAAUCUCCGGAUUCGCGAGGAUACGGCAAAAUAUUUGAGGAAUCUCGAUCCAAAUUCUGCCUACUACGAUCCCAAGACACGAUCCAUGCGGGAUAAUCCGGAACCCAAUAAAAAACCUGAAGAUUCCGAAUUUGCCGGAGAGAAUUUUGUCCGAUUCACCGGAGACACGCAAAAGCACUCAAAAGCUCAGCUUUUCGCCUGGGAGGCGUACGGGAAGGGCGUCGAUGUGCACAUCCUGGCCGAGCCGACGAAACUCGAACUCCUGCAGAAUGAGUAUGACAAGAAGAAGGAUCAAUUCAAGUCUCAGGUCAAGGACACAAUUCUGGACAAGUACGGCGGAGAGGAGCAUCUCCAAGUCCCUCCGAAAGCUCUUCUCCUGGCCCAGACCGAGGAAUACGUGGAGUAUUCCAGAUCCGGAAAGGUGAUCAAGGGUCAGGAGAAGCAGAUUGUACGGAGUCGCUAUGAAGAGGAUGUCCUCAUUAACAAUCACACUGCCGUCUGGGGAUCCUACUGGAACAUGGGUCAGUGGGGCUACAAAUGCUGCCAUUCCUUCAUCAAGAAUUCCUAUUGCCUAGGAGAAAGUGGCAAGGCAUCCCAGGUUCUCACAAUUCCCACAAAAAUCCCCGCAAAAUCCCAUCCAGAAGAUACUGAAGACAAAUCCACCGAGCAGGAGGAAUCAGCAAAGAGCAGCAGCAAUAGCAGCGACAGUGACAGUGAAGAGGACGAGGAGGAGGCCAGGAAGAGACAAAAGGCCAAGAAGAAGAGCAAGAAGAAGCGACAGAAGGAGAAGAAGAAGCAGCGGAAGCAAAAAGAAGGGGAAAAGGAUAAAUUGAAGGAGGCGCUGCUGGCAGAGGAGAAGCACAAUCGCCAAGUGAGUGAACUGAUGAAGCUGGACGAGAGGAAGAGGCCCUACAACAGCAUGUACGAGGUGAAGAAGCCGUCAGAGGAGGAAAUGGAGGCGUUCAUGAUGAAGAGGCGCCGAGAGGAAGAUCCAAUGCUGCAAUUCCUUGAUCCGUAGACCUACAGGCUUGUGUCUAAAAUAAUGGAGCAGCUUAUGCUCCAAAACUUGUAAUUGUGACGAAAUAAAUAAAUUAAAAUUACUCUAAAA